GAUGAUAUCCUCGCCUCAGCUUCUGCCGACGGUUGUCUGAUACUCUGGCAAACGAGUGUAACAUCUGUCUCGCGGCUGCGCCAAAUAUUUGUCGACGGCGUCUCACAGGGUGGUGGCAAGAUAUGCGCGCUGAGGUUCAGAGAAGUUGGCGAUGGAAGUGUGGAUGACCACGAGAGCGUUGUGCGUCCCGCGUCUCCGUCAGAAUCUAGUUCAGACCUCGGGCUGGACAUGCUUAAUAGUGAAGCCAGGGGAGAUGAGGACAAGGGUUCCCAAAACGGUACUGUAAAUUCUACCGAUGAGGCAGAAGAGGUGGGCCAGCCGAUGGAAGUCGAUGAACCAACCGAGAAGAAGUCGGCUUCCAGUUGGUCUCCAACGGUGGUUGAGGCGUGCAACGGAGCCGUCCUGCGUGCACGCGAGAAAUUGGAACUUUCAGUGGGCAUCAUUGGUGCCGACGGCAGUAUGUCCGUCAGAAUGUUAUCACCGUUCUCUGCAUGGGCUGCUGACUGCCUGCUGGGACAUCCCAAUGCCACCGCGGCUGGCGUUCAACUUGCACCCAUCUUCCAGGGCGCUGAUGGACUCUGCCUGGCGUCUGCUGCUGGCAGCACCUCUGAAGACUCCGGCGAUGUUCGCCUCUGGAGACUUGGGUCUAAAGACAGCUCCUCCUGUAAUUCCGAGCAGCCGAUCACUCACAGUCGUGCCGUUACCACAGUGCUCAGACUCAUUGACAGGGAAAGGUACAUGUUAUCCUCAAGUCUCGAUGGUUCCAUCAUCGUCUGGACGGAGGAGGAAAUUUGUGGCGAGACUGUCUGGACAGCGCGUCUGAAGAUGCUUCUCUAUGAUGCUGACGCUGAUGACGUGCCACCCUCACCAAUCUCUGCCAUGGACUUGCUGACUCAGUUCUCCCCCAACAAUGAAUCUGCCAAGUCACUGCUCCUCGUUCUCUGUGGCAACAGACUUUACAGUCUGGCCAUGAACUUAAGAGGUCUGAAGUCUGUUCCGGUCUCAAAAACGCUCUGGCUUAGUGAUUUAAAAGAACAUUUCGCCUUGAAGACCAUCGGCCUACCUGUCGCAGGAUUCAGCCUUGCGGUUGCUGGGUUGUUGGCCGUUGAAGAGUCUUCCCCCACCGUUCUUGUUGGCACUGGAUCUGGCUUCUUACUCAGCGUCACGAUGUCGUCUACUCCAACUGUGCAAAAACAAGAACCUGGAGUUCCUAGCCAAUCAAAUACCUCCGGUCUCAUCACCCCCCUUCUGCCCUUGCGCCAAGGAUUCAUAUCUCUGUGUGGAGGAGCCUUGGCAAAAUUCGACCACCAGGGCUCAUUCGUUUCGGGCAUAACUCUCCCCGAAGGCAUAGACUCGUCAAUUCUCACACACCUUGCUGUUCCAACGUCAGAAAACUCUUACGUGAUCGUGGCUAGGAGAAUAUCUGAUGGUGAAACCGAGCGCUCUUUCAUCACCCUCCUCUCCUCAAACGGGACUCCGCAUUCUAGUUACACAAUGCCAAAAGGUACCCAAGUGACAGCUCUGCGCUCCUCUGAACUUAAAUUUGGAAGAGUCAAUGAAACCGAAGUCCUAACGGUCGUUGGCUCCUCCGAUGGUCUCGUACGCUUUCUUCUAUUCGACCUGCGUACGCCGUCUAAUCUGCCCCGACUUGUCGGGUUUCUACCAUGUGAUCGGAAAGUGACAAGUAUUGACUGUGUGUCAAGUUCCAGUUUCUGCGCUGGCUUUGAAAACGGUGACAUAGGUGUCUACUACUUCAGCCCCGACUACCGAUGCUGA